UGCCAUCUUUGAUUGCGCGACAGGCCGCGGCGGCGCGAGAGGGGGCCUCUCUCGACUGGAGAAGACCCGUCUCAGACAAGACAACGGGGGGAAAAAAAAAAGAAGAAGAAGAAGAAAAUAUACCAAGCAACGUCACCGGUCCGGUUUUGUUUUCCUCCAGAUUUUACCGGUCACGUUAAGCACGAGAAGAGCCACCGGACAGACAGCGAUAAGGCUUCUCUUUUGGAAGAGGUUGUGAGCUGUUACAGCUCUAGAGCUAACCAGUGUGUAGCAUAGCAUAGCUUAGCUUAGCAUAGAGAGCUUUUUGUAAUCCAGUACACGCGUGCACCCAGACGGGCAAAGCGGCCUUCUUCAAGUCAGCGACGGGACCGGCGGAAACAGGAGCCUGGUUCUGAGGGGUGAGACCGGAGGACCAGACUCAAUGAGUUUCCAGCGACAUGUCAGAGAAGUCAGGGCAGAGCACAAAGGCAAAGGAUGGCAAGACCAAGUAUGCAACCCUUAGCCUCUUCAACACUUACAAGGGCAAGUCUCUGGAGACCCAGAAAACUGCAGUUGCUGCCAGACAUGGGCUCCAGAGUUUGGGCAAAGUUGCGGUCAGCCGGCGUAUGCCCCCUCCAGCUAACCUGCCCAGUCUGAAGGCUGAGAACAAAGGCAAUGACCCCAACGUCAGCAUCGUUCCCAAGGAUGGCAGCGGCUGGGCCUCGAAACAGGACCAGGCUGGAGACGAGCGGCAGCAAGAGACUCCUCCCCCUCAGCCAAAGCCUCCUGUCUCUCAGGUGCCUGACAAUCCUCUGGGCAGCCGCUCCUGGGCCAACAACAAGCAGCCCGGACCAGUUGAUGGAGCUCCAAGGGUAAGCAGCCAAUUCCAUCAAGAGUUUCCCAGUUUGCAAGCAGCAGGUGAGGCAGAGAAAUCAGGUGAGCAGGAGGAAGAGCCUUAUGGACCAGGCCCCAGCCUCCGACCUCAAAAUGUUGGCAGCUGGAGAGAAGGUGGAGGUAGAAACCUAAAUGUGGCUUCUGGGCCUUCUGAGAUGGACAGCAAAACUCCUGAGGAAGCAGGACAGGGUCGCGGCACUCCUUCACCAACAGGGGAUGCAGACGCAGCAGGGAAACCCUCCACUGGGGAAGGCAGGGAGAAGAGAGACUCCAGAGACAAACUUCCUGCUUCAGCCCCACAGCACAAACUCAAUGGUGGACAGCAGCCACCUGGAGGAGAACCCUCUCAGUUCCAUGCUCAGUUUAGAGGCAUGAUGCCACCUUAUAUGUUCCAUGCCUACUCUCGCAUGUCUUAUGCACCUGUACAAGGAAACUUCAGAUACCCUGGUCAGCAAGAUGGAUCAAAGGGUCCAAGGCCAAGUGGACGGCCUUCCCAGCCUCCUCCGCAGUCCUGGAUGCAGGAUCCUGACCGGCCCUCAAUUGUUAGUGCUUCUGAGCUGAAAGAGCUCGACAAUCUAGACACAGAUGCUGAUGAGGGUUGGGCUGGUGCACAGAUGGAAGUUGACUACACAGAGAAAUUGAACUUCAGUGACGAUGAGGAUAAUCAUACAGCCAAGGAGAAAGGAGACAACUGGGAGUGGGUAAAUAAGAUGGACCGUAUACGAUCACGCAACACUGAAGCCCAGGAGAGUUGGAAAGAAGGAGGAGAGGAAAGAAGUGAGAGCAAGAACUCCUGGGCAGACAGCGGUGAGCCGAGAGCUCCUUCACCAGGCAGUGUAACUCAAUACAACAAAACAGGACCACCCCAAGACUACCAGGCUGGGCGAUCUGCAGGAACUGGCACGGCUCGUCUAUCAAAACCUUCCACAGCCUAUGCUUCUGGUGAGGAUGACUCAGAGGCCUGGCGACAGAAACGUAAGAAGCAGUCUGAACUUUCUGAGGCUGUGGAGCGUGCUCGGAGGCGGCGUGAGGAAGAAGAAAGGCGCAUGGAGGAGCAGAGGCUAGCCGCCUGUGCUGAAAAACUCAAACGUCUCAAUGAAAAACUACGACCUGCUGCUACUCCAGAGGCUGCAAAAUCUACUAUGCCUGUCCAGAGCAAUGAAUCAGAGGCUGAAAUAGUCCCUAGCUUGCGUGCUGAAACCCCUCCCACUCAGGCUGCUCCUGCACCCCAAACCCUCCCAUCUGUGACCAUACCUUCCAAUGAUGGGCCAGAGCCAAGUGUGGAGGAGGAGCCACAGUUUGUUGCCAGGCAACCCAGCCCUCCUUCCCACAGGACUGUUACCGAAUCACAGGAAAAUGAGGUGGAUGUUGCUGGGGUUGAGGAGGUGCAGGUGGAAAGACAACCAAUUAGAGACUACUUUAGUCCAGAGGAGUGUAGAGUAGAAGAGCCUCAGAUGCCUCGUCUUGACCACUCUGUCAGUGAGGAUUUGCCCCACCCACAGCUGGAGAAUGAGGGUGAGACGGGGGCCACAAUUCGUCCUUCACUUCCCUCUGGUUACUCCAAACAGUUCCAAAAAUCUCUGCCACCACGCUUCUUAAGACAGCAGGAGCAGUUGAAGCAACAGCAGUGGCAGCAGCAACAGCAGCAGCAACAGACUGGUGGAGGCUCAGUGUCUCCCUCAGGGGGAUCAGUACCCCCCCAGCAUCGCUCUCUUUAUCAGCCGCUGGGUCCACAUCACCAACACCUGGCUUCAAUGGGUUUUGAUCCACGGUGGCUGAUGAUGCAGUCAUAUAUGGACCCACGUAUGAUGUCUGGCCGCCCACCUAUGGAUAUGCCUCCCAUGCAUGCAGGGAGAAUGCCUCAGAAACAGUUGGUCCGCAGAGAACCCACUGAUAAUAGUAGUUCUGGUUCAGAUUCUUUUGAUCACCGACCAAUAAGAGAACAUGGGAUGAGCAAUGAGCCUCGAAUGGUGUGGGGUUCUGAACCCUACCCUCAGUCUGAGCCCUUAACCUCUGCAACACCGCCGAAAGUCCAGGAGAACUGCAAGGAGCCAAGACUGGAUGCUGGUCUGGACCUGGAAAGAGGGCUAUCAUCUGUGUAUCCUCAGGAGCACAGCACGUUGGAACCGAGGGGAAAGAGUGACUUUUUCCGAGACUCAUCUGAGCCCCUCUCCACCUUUAGCCAUGUUACAGAAGAUGUACCAGGUCUCCUCCAUACAGACCGGCCCCCUGUUAUCUCUUCGUUUGAAUCUGAGGUUGCGACUCUCUCUGGUGGAGAGGAGGUCGAGACCAUUGGGCAAGCAGUGCUGAAAAGGACCAUUUCUCAAGGGUCAAGUCACUCUCUUAAAUUGGAAGAGCCUAGGUUUGAAGCCAUUUCUAUAGUACAGAAGACUGUGGAUCUCCCUGAACCUGCAGAGCGAUUAGAGGAGAGUUCCAGAAAGGAGCCCUUUGGCCAAGGUCCUGUGAUUAACAACCGUGCCACUCCACCUGCUGCUACUGAUGGUAUGCACAAAGCGGACAAGCUGCCUCUACAAGCACCUGGUAAGCAGAAGGGUGACCUGCGCUGGGGGUCUCGUGGAGGGAGAAGAGAAGGAGCUGGAGGGGAGAGGCCAGUUAGAAGGUCAGGGCCAAUAAAGAAGCCCAUCCUGCGGGAUAUGAAGGAGGAGCGGGAGCAAAGGCGAGAGAAAGAAGAGCGUCAUGAGCGAGGGGAUCGAUCUAAAAAAGAAGGCUCAACCUUAAAAAACCCAUCCACUGCUGCCAUAAUAUCAGAUGGCCAGAAGUUUUCCAACGAGGGGCCGAAAGAGAUUAUGACUGGACCUGAGGAAGGAGCAGCUCCUGGUGUGAAGGCAAAAGAGCCUCAAAUACCCACAGGUACAACAGCUGCCAGCACCCAAGAGGAAAAGCCAAGCAAACCCCCACCCAGUGAUAAACGCCUUGAACCCAAACUACCAUCUCGUAAAGAAUCCAAUCUGUCAAGAACCAACCGCAGAGAGGAGCGGGAGAGGGAAAGAGAACGGGAGAGAGACAGGGAGGUGGAUAGGGAGCAUGACUGGCCUGCUGAUGCAAACUUCAAAGGGCGGGGUCGGGGUGAAUACUACUCGCGUGGACGUAGUUAUCGAGGCAGCUACAGUGGAAGAGGACGAGGUAGCCGUGGACGCAGUCGUGUGGAGCGUGUGGAGUAUCCAUGCCGAGAGCCACGCUCCCGUCCUGAUCUGCUGUGUGUCUCUGGGACAACAGGUUUUCGCUGCCGCGAGGAAAGCGAGACUCGCAGUGAAAGUUCAGAUUUUGAAGUGUUGCCCAAGCGCAGGCGUAGGCGUGGGUCCGAUACGGACUCUGAGAGUGAAGGACGAGAGUCUGCCAGUGACACGGGACCUUCUGACCGUGAGCCCACUGCUAAGCCUAGUAGACCCCUACACCGUGAACUACCUGAAGCUCGUCCUUCCACUAAAGCUGCCUCUGGGUUUGGACCUGGACAUCUACCAGAUAAGUCUGGCCAUCGGGAAGAGGAGGGUCGGACAAAACCAGGAUUUCUUCCUAAGGGAGAACCAACAAGACGCGGUAAAGGCGGACUAUACAACCGCAGAGGUGGAGCAAGAGAGCGGCCUGCCAACAGGUCUGCUCCCAUGCGUCGGACUGGGAUGAGGGAGAGCCUGCCUUGGCCCUCCAAACCCAUGGAGACGUUUAGGCCAGAAGAAGCUGAGACAUCUCGCAUGGAUGGCCCAGCCUCUGAGCAGCGUUUGCCUAAACAUGAAGGCAAAAAAUUAAGAGAAGCUGGCCAAAGCACUAGAGAGAGGCCUCGGCGACCGAGACCAGCCAGACCCCCCAGACAAGACAAACCACCACGCUUUAGAAGACUUAAAGAACGUGAAGCAGCUAUCAUAGCAGGUGAAGCAGCAACUGUUGCAACACAUUCACCUGCCCCAGCGUCUGAAUCUGCAGUGUCUGCUGCAGUGUCCAAAGCUCCAGGAAUGCCUGUCGCCCAUUCUGAAAGUCCUGCUGUUGCGACCACAGCUUCCAUUUCCACUGCAUCUACUCCUGCUGAGGUUCCUGUAACAGAGGCAGUACUUCCCGAGACAGGAACCACUAGAGUGGUUGCUGCUGGCAGCAAAUCACCGGACUUGUCUAAUCAGAACUCUUCAGACCAGGCCAAUGAGGAGUGGGAGACUGCUUCUGAAAGUAGUGAUUUUAACGAGAGAAGGGAACGAGAAGAGAGAAAGGGAGUGCUUGAUGCAGUGGUCGCCGUUGCAGCAUCCUCAUCUGCUCCUCCCCAAUCUACAGGAGGUCAGAGCAAGUCUCCUGCUGAGGCAGGAUUAACUCCGAAACGUGAGGCAAUUCCUGCAGCCAAGAGGAGCUUCUCCAGUCAAAGGCCAGGAGACAGACAAAACCGCAGGGGUAACACUGGUGCAAAGCCUGGCAGAGGGUACGCAGGGGGCAAGGGUGAGCGCAGAGGAGGCUCAGGAGCCAAAUCUGGACGCAGAGGUGCUGCAGCUCAGAGUGCAGAUGCUGCCCAGACUGGAGCAGGUCAGAAGUCCAGUAAAGAGCCAGCACCUGGUCGACGUAAAGAGGAGUCCAAGCAACCUGUUAAGAAACCUAAGGAGAAGGAGAAUGCACUAUCCCAGUUUGACCUUAACAACUAUGCCAGUGUGGUAAUCAUUGAUGAUCAUCCAGAGGUGACCACUUUGGAGGACCCACAGUCCAACACUAACGAUGAUGGCUUCACAGAGGUUGUGUCCCGGAAGCAGCAGAAACGUCUGCAGGAUGAGGAGCGGAGAAAGAAGGAGGAGCAGACUGUACAGAACUGGGGUAAAAAGAGCUCAGGGGAAAAAGGCAGGGGUGGAGGUGGAUCCAAACUGCCUCCACGGUUUGCCAGAAAACAGCAACAGCAGCAGGCAACAGCAGCAUCGCAGCAGCAGGCUGCAUCCUCAGCCCAGCAGACUCAAACCUCCUCUCAACCACCUCAUCAGUCCCAGCCACAACCAUCAAUCUCCGUCUCCCAGCACAGCCUUUCUGCCCAGACCCAGACUACCACCACCUCUCAGCCUCUAGAGGGUGCUGUGGCCCCUUUGCCGCCUCCAUCUGUGGACUUCUCCACUAAAACGCAGGCACACAGCACUCUAGGGACUGAGCUGUGGGAGAAUAAAGUGGCUGGCUCCACUGUCCUUACUGAUGUCAAGAAACUUGGACCCAUCAGCCCCCCUCAGCCACCUUCAGUCAGUGCCUGGAAUAAACCUCUUACCUCUUUUGCUGGGACCGUGACCUCUGAAGUGAGUGUGGGUGUGAAGGCAGCAACGGACAGCGGUGUUGAACUUGGCAUGGACCGUAUCCAGUUUGGCGCUCCCUCUUCAGCUGGUAGUACAGACAGCGAUGGAGCACCAGCCACACUGGAAAAAACAUCAGAUAAUAAACUACCUGAACCCAAAGAACAGCGACAGAAACAACCCCGUGCUGGACCCAUCAAACCACAAAAGCUGCCUGACAUUGCUGCUCCUGAGCAGAAGGAGUACAAGCCUGGCCCAAUCGGUAAGGAACGUUCACUAAAGAACCGCAAGGCCAAAGAUGGCCGCCAGUCCGAAGGAGAUGGAUUGGAGAAGGGUGGUCCUGGUGGUAGCAGAGACAGAGACUCCAGCUCACCUGCUCAAGACAAAGUUCCUGAACUAGGAGGAGAUAUUGAAGGCAUGAUCACCGUGCCCUCAGCUGAAUAUUCCAGUAAUACCAAGGAGUCUGUGACUGACUACACUACCCCGUCCUCCUCACUGGCCGACACUGUGCCUACUGGAGGAAGCAAGAUGGAGGAGAGCCUAGUUGCUAAUGUCGCACUGCCUCCUUCACUUCCUCUGCCUCGUAGAGAAACCCUACAGCAGAGCUCUAGCUUGAGCACAGUUUCUCCUGCUACAGUGGACCUCACACUGAAGAUGGAGUCGGCUCGAAAGGCGUGGGAGAAUUCCCCUAGUCUGGGAGAGAAGAGCUCUCCUGUCACCUCCUCUGCUUCCCCCAUUACCAGCGGAGGAGGUGCAGGCAAUGCCUCUUUCAACUCCUUCUCCAGUGCCUCUAUGCCUCAGAUACCUGUUGCUUCAGUGACACCUAGCACCUCAUUGUCAGGUUCAUCUACUUACACCACGUCGUCUUUGAGCACCAAGACCACAUCCGCGUCAGAUCCUCCCAACAUCUGUAAGGUGAAACCACAGCAGCUGCAGAGUUCAGCAAUGUCCAAUAGCAACUUCUCUCAGCUUGGCUGUGUACCUUCUCUGUUGCCACAGCAGCAGCAGACCCCACAGGUCUUUGUCUCCCAGUCUGCAGCAGGUUCUGCUGCACAAAUCCCAGCCUUCUAUAUGGACACCAGCCAUCUGUUUAGUACACCUCAUCCUCGCCUGCCUCCUCCUUCCAUAGCUCAGCAACAAGGCUUUCAGCCUGGCCUCUCACAGCCUACUGCGGUGCAGCAGAUUCCUAUCCCAAUCUACGCCCCUCUCCAGGGUCAGCCUCAGCACCAGGCUCAGCUCGGCCUCAGCACAGGUCCCCCUGUCUCUCAGCCGCAAGAUCUUUUCAGCUCAUCCAUACAGCCCUACAGGUCUCAACAGGCAUUCAUGCAGAACAGCUUGUCCCAGCCAUCUCCCAUGAUGCUGUCGGGGACAGCGCUGCACAGUUACCCUGGAGUGCAGCCCCCUGAGCUGGCUAAGCCCCAGUCCAACCUGGCCUUCCAGCAAACGUCUAACACGCAGCACAUUCCCAUCCUGUUUGAACCACAGCUUAACCAACCGUCUGGAAUUGGUGGUUCCCAGCUUAUAGAUACACACAUACUGCAGCGCCAGGGAAUGAGUCAGCAUUCAAAUCUGUACUCCGGACAAGUGCAGCAGCAUACACAGAACAGCUACUACAGCUCAACACAGAGCCCCAGCUCUGCACUACAACAGGUGACUGUCCCCAUGCCUGGUUCUCAGCUGUCAUUGCCUAGCUUUGGUUCUGGCGGGGGGCAGCCUCUGCUGGCUCUGCCCCAGUCUCUGCCCCCUACCCCUCCUCAAGCUCAGCCACCCAACCUGAACCGUCAGCCCCCAAGCAGCCAGCCGUACCGUGGCCUCAUUGGCCAGAACACACACAACAUGAUGCAGCCUUCCAAUAAGAUGUGUGAUAUGGACUUAAAGCUGUUUGGUACUGGGAUGGAUGUGAAACCUGGAACUCCCCCAGUCAGUGCAAGAAGCACAACCCCUACCUCAAGUCCUUACAGGGCGAGCUCCACAAGCCCUAGCAGUCAGUCCAGUAAGAUGAACAGCAUGUUGUAUCCCAAACAGUUUCAAUCUGGAACACAAGGAAUCCGAAUCCCACAGCACUUUCCUGGACAGUUCAACCCACAGAUGUUGUCUCAACCCAACAUGGUGUCUCCCCUGGUUCGCCCCCCUCACGGGAAUUCUUUUCCUGGAGGGGUGCAACGAACUCCCAUGGGUCCUCCGAUGUCCCCCAACCUCAGUGGAGGCCUGAUGCCACAUCCCAGACCCCAGCACCCUCCACGAGGCCCCUCUGGGCCCCCGCUUGCACCCCGAGGCACACAGGCAGCUCUUAAGGCUGAGCAAGACCUUAAGGCUAAACAAAGAGCAGAGGUACUACAGUCAACUCAUAAGUUCUUCUCUGAGCAGCAGCAGCAGAUGAAGACUUCAGCUGCUAAGUCUGCUCGUAUAGAUGGAGCAGGCAAGCCCAUUGACAGUGUCGCUCCGAACCACCAGGGGGCUCCAACAGAGCGCACUGAGCCUGACAAACCAGCACCCCUUGCUGCAACCAAGCCUAUCCGCACCGGUCCCAUUAAGCCCCAGGCCAUUAAAUCAGAGGACAGCAAGUAACCCAACGUCACCUCCAACAGGACUGACACAUGGAAGGAUGCAGUGGUUUGACGGGAGAUGAUUGUUAGAGGCGAAGAGGUAGUUUGAGUUGUGGAAAGGAGAAUGGGAUUGCUGGGUGAACUGUAGCGUGUAAUUAAGCUAUAAUCUGCGUGGAUCACUCACCUUUGCCCUGCCUUUCUUCUGCUCCACCUCCCACUGAUCUCCUGUCCUCUCCAUGGUGGAGAGUUUGAUUUAUUUUUUAUUAUUAUUUUUUUGUUUUUGAUUGAUUUUUUUUUUCCCAAUGGACAUGAAAAGGUAGAACAUGAGUGACUGUACAUCGCUAAUGUACUUUGAAGGUUAAAAAAAAGCGAGAUGAGAGUUAAAUUUGCUGCUGUGUGCACCAUUUUUAUAAUUGAUUUCCCCCCUUUCUUCAAGUAGAAUCACGUUAGGUGGGCAGUUAUUUCCUUUCGUUUAUUGGAAAGAUUUGUCUAUCCCUUUUCUAUUGUUGGUAAAGAAAGAAACCUUUGUUUAAAAUGCUUCAUUUUCUAUUUUUUGAUCUUUUUUUUUUUUUUUGCAGUUUAAGCAGUUGAGAGACAUGAAAAUGCACACGUCCUCCAUCUUUCACCUGUGUAUGGCCACUGCUCACCUUCUCUCUCUUCUUCUUCUCCUCCCUCUCACUAUAGUGAAGCAAUUUCUCAUGACCAAGAUAUGCGUCAAAAACAAGACAGUACAUCUUAUAUGAAAUGCUGAAAAAAAGUCUUUAUGCUUUUAAUUCCCUUGAGAGAAAUGCAUGGUUAGAGUAACUGACUGAUUUGAUAUGUUUCCGGUGAAUCUGAUGGAUGGAUUCAUUGAUGGCUAUCCUUACCUUCAUACCUUCUUCACUGAAUAUUUCUUCCACCUUGGUGGUACAUGAAAUGAGAGCGUCUCCAAGUGGAAUCUUUAUAGCCAAAGUUUAGGCAUUAUAAGAAGCCCGUUUUUUUCUCUUUCUUUU